AUGAAUUUAUUAUUAAAAGCUAGCUAAUAUAUUUCAAGAAAUAGCUUCCCUGUUAAUAACAUUAGAUCAUUAUUAUAGGGUUCAGUCUAUUCAUUUUCUUCUUGCAUUAAAUAAAGACCAAAUGAUGUACCUACUCAUAGAAACGAAUUAUUGCCUUUUACUUUAAACAACUUAUGGAAUAAUCCAGGAUAUAGAAGAAAAGCUAAGAAAUUAGGUAGAGGUAUUGGAUCCGGAAAGGGAAAAACUGCAGGAAAGGGUACUAACGGUCAUAAUAGUAGAUCUGGUGGUGGUGUUUCUCCCAGAUUUGAAGGUGGUCAAACUCCUUGGUUCAGAAGAUUGCCUAAGUUAGGUAUUACAAGAAUAAAUAAAGAACGUCCUAAAGCCAUAAAUAUGAGUUUAAUUAUGUAUGCUAUUCACAAGGGAAGAAUAGAUUCUACUAAACCUAUUACUAUUAAAGUUCUUCACGAUGCUGGUGUAUUUAGUACUGCCAAAUACGGUGUUAAAUUAGUUGGUAGAGGUUUGAAAACAAUUGAUAGACCUCUUCAUUUUGAAGUGAGUGAUGCCUCUGAAAAUGUUAUUAAGGCUAUAAAAGAAAAGGGUGGUAGUGUUAAGUGUAUCUAUAGAACUCCUCUUCAAAUUAGAGAACACGUCUUCCCUCAAAAUUAUCCUAUCAACUUAAGAUCUACUAUUCCUCCUAAGAGAAUUGUUAAAAAAAUGGAAAAUAUUAGAGAAAGAGGAGCCGAAGUAGAAUUUAAUGUUCCCAAAUGGCACGAAUAGAAUGUUAAAGAAAUCUUGGAAGAUAAGAAGAUCAAAGAAGAAGAAUUUAAUCUUCCUGUCCCAAGAUUCCCAGGUUCUGGUAAAGAUAAAAUUAGAAUUAGAAAGCCAAUAUUACCUAAGCAAAUUAAUUUCAAGAUCUGA